AGUGGGUACCAUUGACAUUGUUUACAUUCUGGCCUUUUUAAAAUCUAGCUACUCUCUACACUCUCCUCACUCUUUGGACCAUGGAAACUGGAUUACCUUUGCUGCAAUGUCCCUUACACCAUACUCUGAGAAGCAUAUGCUCAUUACCAAAUUCUUCAAGUUCUUCCAAGUGGGUGUACGCGGUAUUCUGGAGGAUAGUACCACGAAAUUUUCCUCCACCAAGGUGGGAAUUUGGAGGGAGUGCUCUUGAUCUCUCAAAGGGGAAUCAUAGAAACUGGAUCCUUGUGUGGGAAGAUGGGUUUUGUGAUUUUAAUGAAUGUGAGCAAAGGAGGAGUGAAUAUUUGAACAACAGCUUUGGAACUGAUGUAUUCUUCAAAAUGUCUCAUGAGGUUUACAGUUAUGGAGAAGGACUAAUGGGGAAAGUGGCUGCAGAAAAUAGUCACAGAUGGGUUUACAAUGAUACUCAAAAUGGGUGUAAACCUAGCUACAAUGGUUCAUGGAAUGCUUCAAUUGAUCAUCAACCAAGGGCUUGGGAUUUUCAGUUAAAUUCUGGUAUUCAGACUAUUGCUGUCAUUGCUGUUAAAGAAGGCUUAGUACAAUUGGGUUCAUUUAACAAGAUUGCAGAAGAUCUUGAUUUAGUGCUCAGCUUACAAAGGAAGUUCAUCUACCUCCAGAACAUACCAGGUGUUUUGACCAUUCAAAGACCAUACAAAGCCAUCCAACAUCCAUGCAUUGCCAAAUCCAAUCUCCAAAUGAUGGAAACCAAUGAAAUGGCUCAAUCAACCUACAAUGACAAUAACCAAGUAACUCAUGUCAAUGGAUUGCUGCAUAAAGAAAGACCAAGUUUCUUUUCCAUGAUUGCCAUCAAUUUGGGUAGAAACCACCCUCAAAAUGGAACAACAGGACCACCCCUUUCAGUUCCUUCUUCCUUGCCCAACAUGUCUUGCAGUUUUGGAGAUCUUCUGUCAAAGCUUCCCUCUGUUACUCCACCCCAUUAUCACCCUCAAGUUCCUAAAACCAAUUGGAUCAACAGCUCAGGCCAGAAAGUGAAGAUUGAGGAUUGCAGUUUACAGCUUGCUGGUGAUGGAGAUCAAAAGGGAAAUGCAGGGAGAUCAAUUUAAUUGAAUCUUGAUUUGGGUAGAAGCAUAAGUGCAUAUACAUAACCACUCAUAAUUUCAGUAGUUUGCUUGUAAUUAUGUAAGAGAGAUAUUUAUAUUGUCUAUCAAUCCCCAAGCUUAAGCUUUUGGGUGAAGAAACACAAUGAUUUUAUAUUAUCUUUCUAACU